AUGCGACUUCUUCAGUUUCUUUUCGUGGCUGCGACGGCCGUCAAUGCCUUAGUCAGUGAUGUUCCAUCAUUGAAUGGCCUCGUCCCCGUGGUUCCCACAACCGAGGGUUCUAAAAAACGAGCAAGUGAAUUCCAACACCCAGGUCUUUGGCAUAGUCAUGCAGAUCUCGAAAAAAUGCGAAAGAAUGCUCUCAGUGGAGUCGAACCAUGGGCAUCGGCAUACUCGCGAUUCUCGAAUGAUUCGUACUCCUUGCCAUCCUACAAAAUGCAAGGUCCUCAUCCUGUCAUCAGUCGAGGCGCGAUCAGCAACUACACCAGCUUUGCCAAUGAUGCACGUGCCGCUUAUCAAAAUGCCAUCAUGUGGUACAUCACUAAAGACCAAGCCCACUGGGACCGAUCCACCACCAUUCUUGAUGCGUGGGGCACCAAUUUGACUAAUAUCAUUGGUACAGAUCGCUCGCUGCUUGUCGGCAUCAAUGGUGUUUCCUUUGUCAAUGCCGCAGAGAUUAUGCGCUGGGAAGGUGGAUGGGUCGAGCAGGGUGCAUCCUGGAAAGGCGGUUCCGGCUUCAGCAUCCAGCUGUACUGGCUCUUUGCCCGACAGAGCAUCAUCAUCGGUCAGGCAAACUACGGUGUGGCCAGCAUCAUGGGCCUACUCAAUUUUGCCGUCUAUCUGGAUGAUGUUGCUCUGUACAACUACGCACUCUAUGCGUACAAGAACGAUCUUUGUGCUGGUCUGUCUGCAAACUUUGAUCCAACCACGGGACAAGGUGCAGAGGCAGGCCGGGAUCAGGCACACGUACAGGAUGGUCUACAAUGGCUAUCAAUGGCUUCUAAAGUGGUGAAGAACCAAGGAUAUGAUCUCUUCACAUUGGACAACAGUCUGCUGUUCAAGGCAUCUGAAUACGCGGCUAAGUACAACCUCAAUGGGACCGUGCCCUACGAUCCAUCUUUCUACAGAUGUGAAGCAGUCUUGGUCAAUGGCCCAUGGGCAAAUAUCUCUGCCGAGAAUCGUUAUAUCGGGUAUCAGAGUGGAAGGACCAACCCGGCAUGCUGGGGACUUACAUACUACGAGGCUGCGUCUCGUGGUUUGGACGUCCCAUGGACUAAGCGCGCAAAGGACCUUUAUGAUACAUCGGUGGAGACUCAAAAUUCUCCAGUUGAUUUCCUUGCCUGGGCUGAUUUGCUCUACCUCGUCGCAAAACGUCUUUUCGUAGGGCAACUUCUGCGAGCGUCCGAAAUCGAGACAAAAGAUCUUUCAGGUCUAUCUCAGGUAGUGACAUUCAGCCUCGCGAAGAGCCGAGGCUCCGAUAAUGAGAUCGCCUAG